AAGUUUACACCCGACAGGAUCAAGUUCAUUAUACAAAAUUUCGCUCUUUUCACCUUCUUGGAUGUAUGGCUGUCAAUAUAAUCAACCAUUUCAGUCCAUUUGGAUUAGUCAAACUUUCACCUGAUCAAUUAUAGUGCAACAAUCCAUUCUAAUUCAAGCACGGACACCCCUCCCUGACCACAAUUGACUCGCCUGGAAAGAAACUCUUCAACCUGUCACACUUCGCCUACACAAAGUCUAUUUGAUUUUGUAUUUUUUCGAAGAACUCUCUGAACUUGAAAUCCAAACUCAUUUUUUUCCCUCCACUCGGGCGGAUUUCAGAAAAUGUUUGACACGCGUACGAACGAUAGGUAAUGAUCCACUUGGGAAAGUUUGUUAUAGUGACCUCGUUUGUCAAUUGUGCUUUAUUGAAUAUUUACCUUUUUCGUGGGAUCAGGAUACCCUGACUAACAUUCGUUUAUCUUAUCAACAUCGUAUUUACUUUUACUCUAAAUCGCAGUUUUAUUUUCUUUUCAGCCAUUGGAUUGUUUUACUUCACAUGUAAAACUCACAGAUGUAGUUCUGACCAUUGAUUUGACUGCAACUUCUAUUCGAUCCACCACAAAUAUGUCUGUUGAUGUUCGUGUUAAAUCAGACUAAAAGCAGGGAACAUCUAGAAUUACUCCUCCGUCUAUUGGAAGACAAAUUAGUUUCGCCAGCCCCUACACUUAUGGGACAGAGAGAUCUUCGCAUGAACUUGUAAUGGUCAUUGAGAGACCAGAUUAGCCCUAACAAGAUAAAUAGCAGAUUUCGACGCCACUUCUCCCGGUCUCUUACAAAGAUUACAAGCCUGAAUCAGAAAAACAGUGAAAAUGAUGCAGCAUGGUGAUAUAAAAGCGAUUAUUCAGUGAUGCCUUGAAUGUGGAAGUUAAUACCAAGGAUAUUGAGGUGAUGAGUAAAGUGUUAAAUUAGUGUCUCCAUCCAGUGUCUUCUCUAUAACAGAAUUUAUCAGAGUCAUCUGACACCAGACUAAUCAAAAUGGAUUUCAAAAUCAAAAUGGCGAUUUCAAUAAUGGUUGCGUUCAUGGUUACGAUCUCUCCUGCAGUAACUUUCCAAUGUCUCGACUGCAAUGAAGUCCAACUCGACUGCCAAGGCGAUUUCUGCGUUCCCAUCGAAUGCACAACGUCAACACUCUGUACAGGAUAUUGUUUGGUUGCUACAUUCCAGACUACCAAUGGAUCUGACCCUUUGAAUCCAAACACCAUUGGAAUGUUUUCUUGCAUCAAUGAUACCAAUCCUGACAUAGUGGGAAAGAAACAUUGUCAGGUAGAGCUAGAUGAGUAUAGUUACUCAUCGGAAGGAUCCUAUUCAUGUACCUGUGAUACUGAUGUCUGUAACAAGGUAAUAUACAUGUCAGAGGCCACUCUUCCUGAAGAACCUACAUCACCAUCCAGUGAGGCUACAACCAAAACAAGCAAUUCACCAGUUAAGAAUACUGAUCCAGAUAGAACAGAAGGAGAUACGAAGGAUCAGCUGUUGGAUCGUGAGAUUCUUGUCAUCGUUGUAUGUUCAGUUGUACCAGCAGUCCUUCUCACUAUCGUAAUUGCUGUUGCCGGGUACAUCCACAUCACUCGAUACCGACAACCAAUGAUGGAUGAACUAAAUACACAGACACAGACAAGUAAUACAGAGAGUACGAGUAUUGAUAUGACAACUGAUGAGAGCGAGACAAAGCGAAUUGGAGAAGACAGUCCUCCAGAUAGUCCACUCCAUCUCAAUGGAAACUACCUUCCAAUUACUCUAGAUGAACUCAUUGGCAAGGGACGCUUUGGCGCAGUAUGGCGCGCCAACUGGAAGAUCAAUAACGGUACAAAAGAGCGCACCGUAGCUGUCAAGGUCUUCUUCGAAUACGACUCAGCAUCAUGGAACGUCGAAAAAGAACUUUUUACCGACCAUUCAGUAAUGAUGCGACAUGAGCACAUUGUGCAAUUCAUCUCAGCCGAAGUUCGUCGUGUUAGCGUGACAAGUCCGACGCGUCAGUAUUGGCUCAUCACAAAAUACUACAAGAAUGGUUCCCUGCACGAAUACCUGCGGCAACGUACAGUGAAUUGGAUCGACCUCUGUAAACUAUGUGGUUCUGCAGCCCGAGGAUUGGCACAUCUUCAUGCAGAGACGUAUGGCUCGCAGGGAUUACAUAAGGUACCAGUUGCUCACAGAGAUCUGAAAAGCACAAAUAUCCUGGUAAAGGAUGACGGUACAUGUGCUAUCGCUGACUUUGGUUUGGCCAUUCGACUAGAUCCUCAGUCUUCAACGGAUCAGCUGGCUAAUAGUGGUCAAGUUGGUACACCGCGAUACAUGUCACCUGAGGCCUUAGAAUGUAAGGUAAAUCUUCAGGAUAUUGAAUCAUUCAAGCAGAUGGACACCUAUGCCCUGGCUCUUAUCCUAUGGGAGAUCACCUCUAGGUGUACCUUACUUAAAGAUAUAAAUGAAUACGAGCUUCCAUUCAGCGGUAGUCUUGGUGACCGAAGAGCUAGUCUGGAGAUGAUGAAGACACUUGUAGUACUGAGGAGAGAAAGACCACCAAUUACAGACGAGUGGCUCAGAAAUCCAGGUCUAACGAUCAUCAAGAACACAGUGGUUGACUGUUGGGACGAGGAUCCUGAGGCUCGAUUGACAGCAUCGUGUGUAGAAGCAAGGUUCCAAGAACUCAUCAUGUGGCACGAGGGAGAACCACACGCACAGUCCUUUUACACAAGCAAAGGAAGAAGAGGCAGAACCACUUUGGUUUAAAAAAAAAAAACAAUGGAGAUGGUGCCUUGAAAAGCGCCAUCCUUGAUCGGUGACAAAUGUUGUGUCAUUCGUAAUUCUGGGUCAUUAUUACCUAUUAUCUUCAUUGCUUUUCUAAACAGAACAUACGUAGGCUCAUCGUUAUGGUCUAUAAUGUGCGGAAAUAGAAACUCGUCAACGGGCAAACAAGUCAAAGCAAUCCGAUGUUCAAGACCCUUUUUCCGCUGCACUUGGUAACCUCAGCGUAUUCCGUUCUUUCCAGACGAAGUCACCAUUAUAUUUGUCUUAUGGCCAGUCUACGAACAAAAAUCAAAUAAAAUGAGAAGUUAAUAUGAAUAUCGACGAGUUAAAUAAUAUCCGUUGUACAUAUAUUUUCGAGCGCAUCCCUUCUCCUUUGAAUAUCUGACGAACGGCGAGACACAUUUUGCAAUUGACAUAAAAAUUUUAGAUCACAGGACAAUCAAAUUUCCGAAGGAUGUUAAAUUCGGACAAAAUUGUGAAACCAAAUAAUGAGAGUUUAUAGAAACUUUGCGUUUAUGCAUUUUGGUUUUGUUAAUGUGACCCCUUUUCUACAUUGUCACAGACAUACUGAGUUUUCUAAAUAAGCAAACCUGGCGGUAUCAUAUACGAGUGAUUUUGGAAAAAACAAUAUUCAGCACCAUAUUACUUGUGUCCAAUCAUGAAGUUCAUAACAGAGCCUUUAAUAACCAAUCGUUUACCGAUUUAGCUGGUGCCUUAUUUCUGACAGUAAACGGAAAUUUUAUUCCAAGGGGCCCAGCUACUUCUGCGAGGUAGGGCUUUACAAGGAGCCAAUCUACUUCUGUGAGGUAGGCCUACACAUGGAGCCAAUCUACUUUUGUGAGGUAGGCCUACACAUGGAGCCAAUCUACUUCUGUGAGGUAGGCCUACACAUGGAGCCAAUCUACUUCUGUGAGGUAGGCCUACACAUGGAGCCAAUCUACUUCUGUGAGGUAGGCCUAUACAAGGAGCCAAUCUACUUCUGUGAGGUAGGCCUACACAAGGAGCCAAUCUACUUCUGUGACGUAGGCCUAUACAAGGAGCCAAUCUACUUCUGUGCGGUAGGCCUACACAUGGAGCCAAUCUACUUCUGUGACGUAGGCCUAUACAAGGAGCCAUUCUACUUCUGUGAGGUAGGCCUAUACAAGGGGCAAGCUACUUCUGCGAGGUAGGCCUAUACAAGGAGCCCAUCUACUUCUAUGAGGUAGGCCUAUACAAGGGGCAAGCUACUUCUGCGAGGUAUGCCUUUACAAGGAGCCCAUUUAUAUUACUUCUGCGAGGUAGGCCUAUACAAGGGUUCCAUCCACUGCGAGGUAGGCCUAUACAAAGGGCAUUUAAUGAUGCAAAUCAGUGGUGUAAUGAGCCAAUAACUUUGAGGGGCAGUUAUGACGGAUGGAGCUAAAGUUAUAAGACAAUGCGAACGAACACAUUUUUAUCUUUUUAAUACAAAAAUCUGUUAUGAUAGAAUUUGAGAUAAUAUUAUGAAAAUAAUGUUAUAUUUCACUCUUUCCCUUUCCUUUACGUUUCUUUUCUCGUUUUUAUCUUUGUCCUGAAUUGUUGGGGCCGGCCUCCGAAGCCCCCACCCCCACUCUGUACGUUAGUGAAGCAAAUCAUUAGUAAACCUCUACUCAUGAUGUAAGAAACAUUUGCUUUUUUUUCUUACCUUUUCAAAUUUACUGUUUAUGAACUAAAUACGACUUAGAUCUCAACAAGUAAGAUAUAUGUACGCGUGUUCGUCAGCAUACUCUGGAGUCGUUUUAAUAACUUUACUGAUUUAUUGAUCAUUUGUUCUAAUUGCAUACGGGAAAUGUGCGUUUUACUAGUGCAUUUCAAAUACAAACGUUUACACAAUAAAUGAAGCUAACAAAUGAGAUGACAAAUACAUGUACUGUAUAUAUCAAUUACAAGUUAGCAGAAAUAGUCUACUUAAUUAAGGCAGGAUUUAUUAUGUUCUUAUAAUUUAACUAUUGAAUUAACAAUCCAAAUCAGUUAAAAUAGAUGUAUACUUCCAAAUCAGUUACAUGACCAUAACUAAUAUAAUUUUUGACUUGAUCUUUAAGAUCAAGCCAUAAGAAUAACUUUCGUCUCUGAAUGUGAUCAGUUAUUUCAAAAUGACUUAACAAUUCGAUUAACAAAUCUCUACAUAGAUUAGUCGUCAGUAUGAGAGAUGAUAAUAUUUGCUUUUACCAUUCAGUUUACCAGUCAUAUUUCAUUUUAUUUGUCAUUACUCACAAUCUGAUGUUGUUUGAUACGAUACAAGGCCGUUGUAUUUUUCACUGUACAAAUUCUUCUGCAAUAAAUUCACAUUUGUGCCUUUUGGGUAUACCCUAUAGCGAUGAAAGAAAAAAAUCUGUUGUAAUUUCAUGAUGUGUAUAUAUUAUGUAAAAAAUAUAUAAGAAUGACAACUGUCAUGUUUAUUAUGUAUGUAUAAAUUUGGAUUGUAUAUUUUUCAUUAAUCGUGCUUGCAUAUUUUAACGUUUGUAAAUGUGUAUAAUAAAUUGCAUGCAAUUUUGUCAUCCAUUACAUGUAUUGGCUUACAGGUAUUAAAAGAAGUUAUGAAUAAUGCUCUGAUAGAAAAUAUGGUGCUACGUAGAUUUAAGACCAAUAUAAUCGUUUUAUUUUUUUAUUCUUCAAUACACGUCAUAUCGAUAUCAUCUUCACUACGAAGUUUGUUGGAACUUUUUUUCAGUAAGUUGAUUGAAAAUUGUAUCAAUUUAUCAAACAUUUAUUCAUAUUUCAAUUUUAAAAUUUAUAAUUUAAAAAUCAUCAGUAGGAUUAAGUUAUCAACAAAUCGAAAUCAUUUGGAAAUAUUGAAUAAUUUUGAUCAAAGCAAUUGUUGUAAAAGCUGAUUUACAGAAAAAUUACGAAUAACAAAUACUUUUAACUUUAAAAAGUCACGUUUAAUUGUCAUAAAAGGAUAAUUGAACAGACUCAAAAUACGACAGUUUUUACGAUACGCCUUUGACAAAGAAGAAAGAUCAAUAUCGUCAAUUGAUAACUGAUGUUAUAAAGAUCUUGGUAAUUUAUGACCAGGUAAUAUUUGUAUAUUUUGAAACAAGGUGCAAUAUUUGAAGUAUUUUACGUGUUGAUAUAACCCUUAUAUUUGUCUACACCUAGCUAUGCAAGGAAUAUUUUCUUGAUUGGACAUUCAAUUGAGUUAUAUUGCCUUCAUAAUCAUGACAUAAAAUAUGUUACUUCUUCUCAGUGACUUUAUUUGAUGAAAAUACACAUGCAAAUCAGACAAUUCUACACGCAACACAAGAGCUAUAAGGCUACAUAUGGUUGAUUUAAGUUGUAUACUGAUGUUCGUAUCUGUCAGUGAUACAUUACGAUGUUAUGGUUUUGUACAUUUCUUUCAAAUAAAGAAAAAUUUUAAGGUC